AUGUUAUCAUCAGGUAAGUUGGGCCAGCGGACUACCUCCACUGGGACAGUUCGCCUGACUUUGCUCCAUCGGGAGCACCCGUGCUCGCCGGUCUCCAUGCGCCCGGUGGACCGCUCCUCCCUAUCCAUUUCAGCUCUCCCAAAAUAUCACGCCAACGUCCGGCGCCUGGCCGGACGCCUCUCCAGUUGCCCGACAGACCAAGUCAACACCUCUGGCCCAAUCCUCGCCAACGGCAUUCCGUGGGACUACUACAGUUAUGUGACUCAAAUCCAACUGGGGACACCGGCGAAGACUCACAACGUGCUAGUUGACACCGGGUCAUCCCUGUCCUGGGUCGGCUGCGAGCCAUGUAGUAGUGGAUGCCUCAACCCGGUGUUUGAUCCUGAUGCAUCUUCCACAUACAACGUGGUAAGGUGUCGCUCCUCCCUUUGUAACAGAGUUCCUUCAGCUACCAUAUCCCGCAACACUUGCAUUCUGCCAUUCCAGAAGUGCUCCUAUAACCAGACCUACAAAGACGAUUCCAUGUCUGUAGGAUUGGUGAGCAGUGAUCGGCUCAUGUAUGGAAGAGAGGAGAUGCAAGGAUUCAUCUUUGGCUGCUGCAACUCAUUUAGCGGCAUUGGAGGCCAAUAUUCAGGAAUACUUGGUCUCUCGGUAAACAAGUUGUCUUUCUUCUCUCAGAUAACCUUAAGUCGUCGGUACAGAGCCAUGUCAUAUUGCUUGCCCCAUCCCCAUAAGGAGGGGUUCCUGCAAUUUGGGCAGUAUAGUGAACACCAUGGUCUGCUGAGUUUCACCCCACUCUUCAUUGACGGCAACCAGUACUAUGUCCAAGUAUCAAACAUCAUGGUCGGAACAGCUAGCCUUGAUGCCCAGUCGAAUGGGAACCAGACGACGAGGUGUUUUUUUGACACCGGUACGCCGUACACUAUGCUGCCAGGUCACCUAUUUGACAGUUUGAUCGAUGCAGUGAGUAAAAGGAUGCUAGGGUACUACCGAGUUGGAGCAUCAACCGGGCAGACUUGCUUUCACCGUGAAAACUUCUGGGAUGAAGAGGAUAUGUAUAUACCGACUGUAAGGAUCAUGUUCCGUGACGGGGCAAGGAUCACAUUGGUCUCGGAGGAUUUGAUGUUCGUCGAGCAUCAGGAGGUGUAUUGUUUAGCCUUUAAGAGGAAUGAUGGUAGUGACAUGGUCCUCGGAAGCAGGCAUCUCAUGGCUGUCCACACCGUAGUUGAUCUGGAGAAGAUGACGAUGGGCCUCCGGGAUCAGGGCUGCAUCUAGUGCAUCAUGGAGAAAGAUCAAGAUGUACCUA